AUGGGGGACUCGGCAAACAUGACCAUCGGCAGCGCCUCCAGCGGGCCGCCCUCGCUGGCCACGUGCCCCCGGGACACCAGGACCACCCAGCUGCUCUUCCCCGUGCUCUACACCCUGGUCUGCCUUCUGGGACUCGCGCUGAACAGCCUGGCUUUUUGGGCUUUCUUCCACAUUCCCAGCACAUCCACGUUCAUCGUCUACCUGAAAAACACAGUGAUCUCCGAUUCCAUAAUGACCCUGAUGCUUCCUCUGAAGAUCCUCACGGACUCCGGCCUGGGGCCGUGGCAGCUCAAAGCGUUUGUCUGCCGCUUCUCAGCCGUGGUGUUUUACGAAACCAUGUACAUCAGCAUCGUGCUCCUUGGUCUCAUUGCUUUUGACAGGUUUCUCAAGAUUGUGAGACCGUUUGGGAAGUUCUGGGUGCAAAACGUUACCUCAGCCAAAAUCCUCGCGGGCCUCGUCUGGCUCUUCUUCUUCGCCCUCUCUCUGCCCAACAUGAUCUUAUCAAACAAGCAGGCGACGCCGCGGUCGGUGCGCAAGUGCGCCGCGCUGAAGAGCGACCUGGGGCUGAAGUGGCACGAAGCCGUCACCUACAUCUGCCAGGUCAUCUUCUGGACCGUCCUCAUCCUCAUGCUGCUCUUCUACGUCGUGAUCGCCAAGAAGGUGUUCGAGUCUUACACAAGGACACAGAGGAAGGACGACAAAAGCCAAGGGAAGGUAAAGGGGAGGGUAUUCAUCAUUUUCACUGUGUUUUUCCUGUGCUUCGCCCCGUUUCACUUCAGUAGGAUCCCCUACACGCUAAGUCAGACCCGGGGCGGGAUGGACUGUCGCCUGCAGAAGCGGCUCUUCGUGGCCAAGGAGAGCACGCUGUGGCUCGCGGCCACCAACGCCUGCAUGGAUCCCCUGAUCUACCUGCUCCUGUGCAAGCCCUUCGGGGAGAAGGUGCUGGGCAGAAGGGCAGAGACGCGCGCGAAGGCAGCGCCUAUGAACCCCGCGCCCGAGCUGGACACCGCAGUGUCGGCCAGCGGGCCCUGA